GCACGGCCCUCCCACUGGGAGCACAAACUCGCCGGCGGGAAGAACCUGGAAAGAAACCUGUGGAUCUCCCUUCGAGAUCGUCCAAAGAGAAGAAAGGUGACCUCACAUUCGUGUCCCUUAGCAGCACUCUGCAGAAAUGCCUCCUCAGCUGCAGAACGGCCUGAACCUCUCAGCCAAAGUUGUCCAAGGAAGCCUGGACAGCCUGCCCCAGGCAGUGAGGGAGUUUCUCGAGAAUAACGCUGAGCUGUGUCAGCCUGAUCACAUCCACAUCUGUGAUGGCUCUGAGGAGGAGAAUGGGAGGCUUCUAGGCCAGAUGGAGGAGGAGGGCAUCCUCAGGCGGCUGAAGAAGUAUGACAACUGCUGGUUGGCUCUCACUGACCCCAGGGAUGUGGCCAGGAUUGAAAGCAAGACAGUUAUCGUCACCCAAGAGCAAAGAGACACAGUGCCCAUCCCCAAAACAGGCCUCAGCCAGCUCGGUCGCUGGAUGUCAGAGGAGGAUUUUGAGAAAGCGUUCAAUGCCAGGUUCCCAAGGUGCAUGAAAGGUCGCACCAUGUACGUCAUUCCAUUCAGCAUGGGGCCACUGGGCUCGCCUCUAUCGAAGAUCGGCAUCGAGCUGACGGAUUCGCCCUACGUGGUGGCCAGCAUGCGGAUUAUGACGCGGAUGGGCACGCCUGUCCUGGAAGCACUGGGCGAUGGGGAGUUUGUCAAAUGCCUCCAUUCUGUGGGGUGCCCUCUGCCUUUACAAAAGCCUUUGGUCAACAACUGGCCCUGCAACCCGGAGCUGACGCUCAUCGCCCACCUGCCUGACCGUAGAGAGAUCAUCUCCUUUGGCAGUGGGUACGGCGGGAACUCGCUGCUCGGGAAGAAGUGCUUUGCUCUCAGGAUGGCCAGCCGGCUGGCCAAGGAGGAAGGGUGGCUGGCAGAGCACAUGCUGAUCCUGGGUAUAACCAACCCUGAGGGUGAGAAGAAGUACCUGGCGGCCGCAUUUCCCAGUGCCUGCGGGAAGACCAACCUGGCCAUGAUGAACCCCAGCCUCCCCGGGUGGAAGGUUGAGUGCGUCGGGGAUGACAUUGCCUGGAUGAAGUUUGACGCACAAGGUCAUUUAAGGGCUAUCAACCCAGAAAAUGGCUUUUUCGGUGUCGCUCCUGGGACUUCUGUGAAGACUAACCCCAAUGCCAUCAAGACCAUCCAGAAGAACACCAUCUUUACCAACGUGGCCGAGACCAGCAACGGGGGCGUUUACUGGGAAGGCAUUGAUGAGCCGCUAGCUUCAGGCGUCACCAUCACUUCCUGGAAGAAUAAGGAGUGGAGCCCAGAGGAUGGAGAACCUUGUGCCCACCCCAACUCAAGGUUCUGCACCCCUGCCAGCCAGUGCCCCAUCAUUGAUGCUGCCUGGGAGUCUCCGGAAGGCGUUCCCAUUGAAGGCAUUAUCUUUGGAGGCCGUAGACCUGCUGGUGUCCCUCUAGUCUAUGAAGCUCUCAGCUGGCAACAUGGAGUCUUUGUGGGGGCGGCCAUGAGAUCAGAGGCCACAGCAGCUGCAGAACAUAAAGGCAAAAUCAUCAUGCACGACCCCUUUGCCAUGCGGCCUUUCUUUGGCUACAACUUUGGCAAAUACCUGGCCCACUGGCUUAGCAUGGCCCAGCACCCAGCAGCCAAACUGCCCAAGAUCUUCCAUGUCAACUGGUUCCGGAAGGACAAGGAAGGCAAAUUCCUCUGGCCAGGCUUUGGAGAGAACUCCAGGGUGCUGGAAUGGAUGUUCAACCGGAUCGAUGGGAAAGCCGGCGCCAAGCUCACGCCCAUAGGCUACAUCCCCAAGGAGGAUGCCCUGAACCUGAAAGGCCUGGGGCACAUCAACGUGAUGGAGCUCUUCAGCAUCUCCAAGGAAUUCUGGGAGAAGGAGGUGGAAGACAUCGAGAAGUAUCUGGAGGAUCAGGUCAAUGCUGACCUCCCCUGUGAAAUCGAGAGAGAGAUCCUUGCCUUGAAGCAAAGAAUAAGCCAGAUGUAAUCAGUGCCUGAGCGCUUUACCUUUAAAAUCAUCCCCUUUCCCAUCCAUAAGGUGCAGUAGGAGCAAGAGAGGGCAAGUUUUCCCAAAUUGACGCCACCAUAAUAAUCAUCACCACACCGUGAGCAGAUCUGAAAGGCACACUUUGAUUUUUUUAAGGAUAAGAACCACAGAACACUGGGUAGUAGCUAAUGAAAUUGAGAAGGGAAAUCUUAGCAUGCCUCCAAAAAUUCACACCCAAUGCAUAGUUUGUUCAAAUUUAAGAUUACUCAGGCAUUUGAUCUUUUUAGUGUUUUUUCACUUUAGCUAUGUGGAUUAGCUAGAAUGCACACCAAAAAAAAUACUUGAGCUGUAUAUAUAUAUAUGUGUGUGUGCAUGUGUGUGUGUGUGUGCAUGUAUGUCCACAUGUCUCUGUGUGGUAUAUUUGUGUAUGUGUAUUUGUAUGUACUGUUAUCAAAAAUAUAUUUAAUACCUUUGGAAAAAUCUUGGGCAAGAUGACCUACUAGUUUUCCUUGAAAAAAAGUUGCUUUGUUAUUAAUAUGUGUGCUUAAAUUAUUUUUAUACGUCAUUGUUCCUUACCUUUACAUAAUUGCAAUAUUUCCCCCUUACUACUUCUUGGAAAAAAAUUACAAAAUAAAGUUUUA